GGCCAGAAUCUUCGACCCUCUUGGACUUCUGGCUCCAGUAACAGUGACCGCUAAGAUGAUGAUGCAGUUAACAUGGGCCGCCAAGAUAGAUUGGGAUACGCCCUUACCACCAGAGCUACGCGAGAAGUGGCUCAAGUUCCGAGGCAGCCUUCCAGCUAUUAGCGCUUUCCGCAUACCACGAUGGAACGGAAUGACCAAGUCAGCAGCUACCACGCUCCAUGGGUUUUGCGAUGCCAGCGAACGGGCGUACGCCGCUGUUAUAUAUUCACGAAGCAUCGAACCCGAUGGACAGGUGAGAGUGAGACUCGUAGCUGCACGAACUAAGGUUAGUCCACUUAAGGCAAUCACCAUUCCGAGGCUGGAAUUGUGCGCCGCUCACUUGCUUGUAACUUCUAUGGUGAGUGUACGCGAGGCUCUUCAACUCAGCAAAGAUCAAUGCACCUAUUGGAGCGAUUCCAGCAUAGCCCUUGCUUGGAUACGCAAGCCACCAAACAUUUUGAUGCAGUAUGUCUCCAAUCGAGUGGCUUACGUCCAAAGGAACUCCAAUCCUUCAGAUUGGCAUCACAUAAGCAGCAAAGACAAUCCUGCCGACUGUGCCAGUCCCGGUAUGACACCAGCGGCUCUUCACAAUUUUUCCUUAUGGUGGAAUGGGCCAGGCAACAUGUACGAAGACAAUCUUAUACCAAGUGAGAUCCCACUUCUCGGCGACAGCGAGCAGCAAGUGCACGAUGCCGAACUGAGGCCACUUCGAACACAUAUCUGCACUCUGACCAUCCCUAAGAUACAAGUCCGGCGGUGUAAUGGGUCACUUACCACAUUCAUUCCAUUAGUGGAACGCUUCAGCACUUUACAGCGAGUUUUGCAUACCACAGCCUAUGUGCUACGGUUUCGGCCAGCGGGCAGACCCUACUGGCGUACGCCAGUUAUAACGGCAGAUGAAAUUCAGCAAGCUUUUGAAAUUCUUGUUCGAGAAGCGCAAGCUUGCUGUUUCGAGUAA